AUGGUAGCUACCGUUAUGCACCUCCCGCCAACUAACAUUGAAGCCACGUCCGACAACGUUGACGCGGUCAAUGUUUUGAAGUCAAGUGCCACUCAAGUCAAUAAGGGUGUUUAUGAUAAGUCUGAAUUUGAUCAAGCCAAAGACAAGAACACCUUUCGCCAAUUCAACGACGCUUGUGACCGUGUCAAAAGCUUUUACGCUCAGCAGCACACUUUACAAACCGUUGCCUACAAUCUGAAAGCUCGAAAUGAUUUCCACAACAAGACUCGCGCCCAUAUGACUGUAUGGGACGCCAUGGAGAAGCGUAACACGUUCAUCGACGAAUGUGAUCCCGAUACACAGGAAUCCCAGAGGACCCAUCUUUUACAAUCUGCAGAAGCAAUCCGGAAGGAGGGGAAGCCAAGAUGGAUGCAGCUUGUCGGUUUGAUUCAUGAUCUGGGUAAACUCCUUUUCUUCUUCGGGGCACAGGGUCAGUGGGAUGUUGUCGGAGAUACAUUUCCUGUCGGAUGUGCUUUCGACGAUAGAAUUAUCUUUGGCACGGAAUCUUUGAAUAAGAAUGAAGAUUUCAACAACCCAGUAUACAGCACCAAAUUUGGUAUAUAUUCACCAGGUUGUGGUUUGGAUAAUGUCAUGCUCUCCUGGGGUCAUGAUGAAUAUCUUUACAAUACUGUUAAGGACCAGUCAAUUAUCCCAGAUGAAGGCCUUGCCAUGAUUCGUUACCACUCUUUCUAUCCCUGGCAUCGUGAGGGGGCGUACCGCGAAUUAAUGAAUGACCAUGACAAAAAGAUGUUGGAGGCGGUACUUGCCUUCAAUCCAUAUGAUCUCUACAGUAAGAGUGAUGAGGUCCCUGACCCUGAAAAGUUGAAGCCAUACUACAAGGAGCUCAUUGAUGAGUACUUCCCAACAAAGGUUAUACGCUGGUGA